GCGGCGGCCGAAGAGGAGGAAAGGCGGCUGCCUGCACAGCGGAGCGGAAGGCGAGGGACGGAUUAUGGCGAUGGCGGUGGCCGCCGUUUCUGCUGCUGCUGCUGCUGCUUUGCACGGCAGGAUCCGCAGCCUCCGGCUCUGAGGAAGAAGAGGUGGUGGAGGAGGAGGAGGAGAAAGAGAAGGAAGACGAGCUGCCGCCGCCGGAACCACCGGGCACUUCUCUUUCUCCAUCAUGGCUGAGCCGCCGGGCGGUAACGGGGCCGUCUCUCCUCCGGCCGGGCUGCCCCGAGAGGUCCGCGAGCAGCUGGCGGAGCUGGAGCUGGAGCUCUCCGAAGGGGACAUUACCCAGAAAGGUUAUGAGAAGAAAAGGGCAAAGCUGCUGGCUCCAUAUUUCCCACAGACCCAAGCAAUUGAUUCAGCUUUGCAAAAAGAAUCCCGAAAUCAGACGCCAGCUCCAUCUGCAGCUCCAGCACCAUCUUCAUCGAAGUAUCAUCGGGCACGUUCCGGGGGAGCCAGAGAUGAACGUUAUCGGUCUGACAUCCACACAGAAGCGGUCCAAGCAGCCUUGGCAAAACACAAGGAACAGAAGAUGGCUUUGCCCAUGCCAACAAAAAGACGGUCCACAUUUGUACAGUCUCCAGCUGAUGCCUGCACCCCUCCAGACACGUCUUCUGCGUCCGAAGAUGAAGGGUCGCUCAGGCGCCAGGCUGCUCUAUCUGCUGCAUUGCAUCAGAGCUUACAGAAUGCUGAGUCAUGGAUCAACCGAUCUAUUCAGGGGUCAUCCACAUCUUCAUCAGCAUCUUCUACACUAUCCCAUGGAGAAGGCAAAGGGACCAGUGGGUCACUAGCUGAUGUAUUUGCCAGUACUCGAAUAGAAAAUUUCUCAGUUCCCCCGGAUGUUACUGCAACUACGUCUACACCUACGUCCUCCUCACGCCCAUCGGCUAUCGACCUUCCUCCGUCGGGGAUAGUGAAGGGCAUGCACAAAGGAUCCAACCGGUCCAGCCUUAUGGACACAGCUGAUGGUGUCCCUGUAAGUAGCAGAGUCUCCACGAAAAUUCAGCAGCUGCUCAAUACUCUGAAGCGACCCAAGCGGCCACCUUUGAAGGAGUUCUUUGUCGAUGAUUUUGAAGAAAUUGUGGAAGUUCCGCAGCCAGACCCCAAUCAGCCCAAGCCGGAGGGGCGCCAGAUGACCCCUAUGAAGGGAGAGCCCUUGGGAGUUGUUUGCAAUUGGCCUCCUGCAUUAGAAGCAGCUCUGCACCGCUGGGGGACAACGCAGGCAAAAUGCCCCUGUUUGACAGCCCUGGAUGUCACUGGAAAGCCUGUCUACACCCUGACAUAUGGGAAGCUAUGGAGCAGAAGCCUGAAGCUGGCCUAUACAUUGCUGAACAAACUGGGUACCAAAAAUGAGCCUGUGUUGAAACCGGGUGACAGAGUAGCCCUUGUUUAUCCCAACAAUGACCCUGUCAUGUUCAUGGUGGCCUUCUAUGGCUGUUUGCUGGCGGAAGUCAUCCCAGUGCCGAUAGAGGUACCUCUAACCCGAAAGGAUGCUGGUGGCCAGCAGAUUGGCUUUCUUCUGGGCAGCUGUGGCAUCGGAUUAGCCCUCACCACGGAGGUUUGUCUAAAGGGGCUCCCCAAAACACAGAAUGGCGAAAUCGUGCAGUUCAAAGGUUGGCCAAAACUCAAGUGGGUUGUAACAGAUUCCAAGUACCUCUCCAAGACACCAAAGGACUGGCAGCCCAACAUUUCAAAUGCCGGAACUGAGCCUGCCUACAUUGAGACCAGCAAGGAGGGGAGUGUGAUGGGUGUAACAGUGUCCCGAAUCGCUAUGCUGUCUCAUUGCCAGGCUUUGUCACAGGCCUGCAAUUACUCUGAAGGUGAAACCAUAGUGAAUGUCCUGGAUUUCAAGAAGGAUGCAGGCUUGUGGCACAGUAUGCUAACAAGCGUCAUGAACAAGCUGCACACCAUCAGCGUGCCGUACUCUGUAAUGAAAACCUGCCCUCUUUCUUGGGUACAGAGGGUUCACACUCACAAAGCAAAGGUCGCUCUGGUAAAAUGUCGAGAUUUGCACUGGGCCAUGAUGGCUCACCGGGACCAAAGAGAUGUCAGCUUAAGUUCCCUGCGGAUGCUGAUUGUAACUGAUGGUGCUAACCCCUGGUCUGUGUCCUCCUGUGAUGCUUUCCUGAGUCUGUUCCAAAGCCAUGGGCUUAAGCCAGAGGCAAUAUGUCCCUGUGCAACAUCCCCUGAAGCAAUGACGGUGGCAAUUCGGAGGCCAGGAAUCCCUGGGGCCCCUUUGCCUGGAAGAGCUAUCUUAUCAAUGAAUGGCUUGAGUUAUGGUGUCAUCCGUGUGAACACAGAAGAUAAGAACUCUGCUCUCACUGUACAGGAUGUUGGUCACGUCAUGCCAGGUGGAAUGAUGUGCAUUGUGAAGCCAGAUGGCCCUCCUCAACUCUGCAAGACGGAUGAGAUUGGUGAAAUCUGUGUGAGCUCCAGAACAGGAGGGAUGAUGUAUUAUGGGCUAACUGGAGUAACUAAAAACACAUUUGAGGUCAUCCCCGUGAAUGCAGCUGGCUCUUCUGUGGGUGACGUCCCUUUUGUACGCUCUGGACUGCUGGGUUUUGUGGGACCUGGCAGCCUGGUUUUUGUCGUUGGAAAAAUAGACGGGAUGCUUAUUGUUAGUGGACGCAGACAUAAUGCUGAUGACAUCGUGGCCACUGGACUAGCAGUUGAAUCCAUUAAGACAGUUUACAGAGGAAGGAUUGCAGUGUUCUCUGUGACGGUCUUCUACGAUGAAAGGAUUGUGGUAGUGGCUGAGCAGCGCCCUGAUGCUUCUGAAGAGGACAGUUUCCAGUGGAUGAGUCGGGUGCUACAGGCAAUCGACAGCAUUCAUCAGGUGGGAGUAUAUUGCCUCGCUCUUGUUCCAGCCAAUACUUUGCCAAAGACACCUCUGGGAGGGAUCCAUAUAUCUCAGACCAAACAAUAUUUCCUAGAGGGGUCGCUGCACCCGUGCAACAUUCUCAUGUGCCCACACACAUGUGUAACCAAUUUGCCAAAACCCAGGCAAAAACAACCAGGCGUCGGUCCUGCCUCUGUGAUGGUGGGAAACCUGGUGGCAGGGAAGCGGAUCGCACAAGCCUCCGGGAGGGACCUUGGACAGAUAGAAGAGAAUGACCUGGUGAGAAAGCAUCAGUUCCUGUCCGAGGUGCUUCAGUGGAGAGCCCAAGCCACUCCCGAACACAUGCUUUUCCUCCUGCUCAAUGCUAAGGGGGCCCCCGUUUGUACAGCCACCUGCCUGCAGCUGCACAAGCGAGCUGAACGAAUCGCAUCGAUUCUGUAUGAAAAGGGACACCUCAAUGCUGGUGAUAAUGUGGUGCUGCUCUAUCCUCCUGGCAUUGAACUCAUUGCAGCCUUUUAUGGCUGCCUGUAUGCUGGCUGCAUCCCUGUGACCGUCCGGCCUCCGCACGCUCAGAAUCUCACGGCCACUUUGCCCACCGUGCGGAUGAUUGUAGACGUCAGCAAAGCUGCCUGUAUUCUCACAAGUCAGAUCUUGAUGAGACUGCUGAGAUCUAGAGAGGCGGCAACUGCUGUUGAUGUGAAAACCUGGCCCACCAUCAUUGACACAGAUGACUUGCCCCGGAAGCGGCUACCUCAGGUCUACAAACCACCAACUCCAGAAAUGUUAGCAUACCUGGAUUUUAGUGUUUCCACAACAGGGAUGCUUACAGGAGUAAAGAUGUCCCAUGCAGCAGUCAGUGCCCUCUGUAGAGCCAUAAAACUCCAGUGUGAAUUGUACUCCACGCGGCAGAUCGCCAUCUGUCUAGAUCCCUAUUGUGGGCUUGGCUUUGCACUUUGGUGCCUUUGCAGUGUGUAUUCUGGUCACCAGUCCAUCUUAAUUCCUCCUAUGGAGUUGGAAUCCAAUCUUUUCCUGUGGCUCUCCACUGUAAGCCAGUAUAAAAUCCGAGAUACUUUCUGUUCCUAUUCAGUCAUGGACAUGUGUACAAAGGGUCUUGGAAAUCAGGUUGAUGUAUUAAAGGCAAGAGGCAUUCACUUGUCAGGUGUCCGGACCUGUGUGGUGGUGGCCGAGGAGCGCCCUCGAGUUGCUCUUACUCAGUCUUUCUCCAAGCUCUUCAAAGACAUUGGCCUGUCAUCUCGUGCAGUCAGCACUACCUUUGGGUCAAGAGUCAACGUGGCUAUAUGUUUACAGGGAACCUCAGGGCCUGAUCCUACCACAGUGUAUGUGGAUCUGAAAUCCUUACGACAUGACAGAGUACGGCUGGUUGAAAGAGGUGCUCCCCAGAGUCUGCUGCUUUCUGAGUCAGGAAAGAUAUUACCUGGGGUCAAAGUGAUCAUUGUUAAUCCUGAGACCAAAGGACCAGUUGGGGAUUCUCAUCUUGGUGAGAUCUGGGUGAACAGCCCCCACACAGCCAGUGGUUACUACACAAUUUAUGAUAAUGAAACCCUCCAAGCAGAUCAUUUCAACACCCGUCUGAGCUUUGGCGAUGCUGCCCAAACUCUCUGGGCACGAACAGGUUACCUUGGCUUUGUACGCCGGACUGAGCUCACAGCAGCCAGUGGAGAACGCCAUGAUGCACUGUAUGUCGUAGGGGCCCUGGAUGAGACUCUUGAAUUGCGGGGAUUACGUUACCAUCCAAUUGACAUAGAAACCUCUGUUUCCCGGACACACAGGAGCAUUGCUGAAUGUGCUGUAUUCACAUGGACCAACUUACUUGUCGUAGUCGUGGAGCUCUGCGGGUGUGAACAGGAGGCCCUCGAUUUAGUUCCUCUGGUGACCAACGUUGUCCUUGAAGAACAUUAUUUAAUUGUGGGCGUUGUGGUGGUAGUUGACCCUGGGGUGAUUCCCAUCAAUUCCAGAGGCGAGAAGCAACGCAUGCACCUCCGUGACAGCUUCUUGGCUGACCAGCUGGAUCCCAUUUAUGUAGCAUACAAUAUGUAACUUUGGGAGUGAGGCUCUCACUAGAGUUUACAAACGGUGCAAGGACCAGUGUGGAGAAAACAAACAAAAAAUAGAAGCUGGUUGACAAUUAUUUGUGAGUGUUGUGAAGCUGGACCAAGCUCUCUUGCUUGCCCUGCUUUCCACAGUGGGUUGACAGCACGUUGGACUGAUCAAAAGGCAAAAGAUGGCAGACAGUUAAGGAUUAACUGCACUGCAGGAUCUUAGCUUUAUGGUCAAGGAAAGUUGGCCUGUGUGAUGAAAAUGAUGGAUUACUAAAGCCUUUAUUGUAGUGUUAACUUUUUCAUCUGUUGUAUAUAUUUGUACUUUUUCUAAUACUGUUUUAGGGUUCUGUGAGGGGCAGGUUUAUUGAAAGCAGUUGGUAAGAACAAGGUUACGUGAGUCCUACUUCUUCCCUCUAUAAACAGUGUGCUUUAUAACUGUAAGUUAGCCUAAUUCUGUAGUAUUCUGUUAAUAUGGAAUCACAAUGAUUACUUAAAUUGUGCCAUGACCAAAUCAAAUAAUCCACUGAACUGAAGAAUUACUUAUUCAUAUAGAUAUUUCUUGAACUUAAAAAAGGAUUUGCCUAUAUUUUAAAUAUGUAAAUAUUAAUAUGCAUAAUUCAUUUAUUUAGAAAAUAGGCUCAAAUAGCAACAACAUAUGAGGUAGCUGUCAUUUAAGGAUUUUAACUAAGCCCUUAAAAUAAAUUGUGUGUGUUAGGUAAAUAAUGCAAGAAAUGCAGAUGGGUUGUCUUUUUUUUUUUUUUACUGUUUUGUUGCUGGCCAGACUAUGCCAUAGCAUGUUUCUUAAAAAAAAAAAAAACCAGAUAUUUGAAAGGCACAUUUUUUAAAGGCUGAUGUUCAUAAGCUUUAAAAGCGUUUGAAAGCAAGAACAAAAUUAUACAGCUCUGGAAUGUUUAAUAUAGCCUCUGCUUGCUCUUGUCAUGAAAUGGUGUAUAGGCAGGUCACCCGUCAACCGGAACCACUCAAGUUAUGGUCACUAUUAAGAUUCAUUUCUUCAUUUUCUUUGUUGUCCCCAGUAACAGAUACUGGAGCAGCUUUCUUUUAAACUGGAAAAAAUUCCCUGCCACUCCCCUCACACACUUGCUGCUUUCUGGAUGGGACUUGGUACUGCAGGCUUUGGCAGAAGGUCUUCAAAGCAGAGGCAGUGCAAUUCUGUUGAAAGGCCUGGGAAAUACCUCUCCAUGUAUUGCAAUUAUCCCAUUCAAAAUGACUGACUGGUUUCCAGCUUUUGAAGAACUGAUGACAAUUGAUGCCUUAAAGUGCGCUGGGACAACCACUGUCGAGGAAUGCUUUGCCACUCUCCCUGCCUCCACUGAACUGGGAGGAGUAGCAAAAUGUUCACAUUUUAGUUAGAUUUUCACUGAUUUUUUUUUUGUUACACCCUUAGAUUAGUCUCCAACACUUCCCUUUGCAUUGUUUGUUCAAAGAACACUGAAAGCAGAUGCCAGAAAUGGCAGCAACCUUUCUCGGGCCAUUUGUGGUCUAUUGUGUAAAUAGUUAGAAUAUUUUAAUAAUAUCUGUUUACCCACCCUUUAACAAAGUUAAUGUUUUUAGACAUUUUUAAAUGAGAUAUAAAUAUAAACUAAAUGCUCAACUACAGCAGCUAUAUUAAUUGCGACGCUGGCAACUAUCCUUUAAAACAAAUUCCAAAUGUAUACUUGAAAAUGCUUCUGUACAAACUUUCAAAGUUUUUUUUAACAGUGUGACAUGUCAAUAUUUAGACAGAGCUUUUAAACAUAUUAACAAACUAUUUACAGUUAUCUUCUUUGGUCUUACCUACGGUGAUGGAAUAUAUCCUGAGACAAAGAACAGUGGAAAAACUAGAACAGGAUGGAGGGACUUCCAUUGCUUUGAACUGUUGAAAUAUUAGCAGCUGUUUCUUAGCAGAGACAGUUUGAAUAUUUUGCAUUAUCAGUAUUUCCACAGUGUGGUGCUGCUAUAUAAAUGAAAAGCCCUCCAUCCUGAUGUAGUUUACACAUGUCAUUUGCAAUGGUUUGGGAAAGAAACACACACAAAGAGGUUGCUGGCAUACAACAUGUGGACUGCAUAGUACAGAUGGGCUUCUGCAUAUUAAUGUCCUGUGUGCUCCAGCCCUUAUUUAUUAAACUGCAAUGUUGGCUUAUGAUGACAUUACAAUUUUUAUAACAAACCACUUUCUUAAUGUCCUUCCACUGACCAGAACCAUAGCACAUUCCUCUGCCUGCAACUGUGGUGUUUACUACACCAAUGUGAUGUUCCCCAACUCCACACCCCUUUAUGCUAUAAAUUCCCUGCAGAUGUAGUACAGUAGAAAUUGUAUGUGAGUACAGAGAAACUUGUUAAAGUUACAUUUUAGAAUCUCUGCUUUGGGAUACUUUUAAGUUGUAUUCCGAACAUGGGGGAAAAGAAAUGCUACCAGUCUCCACAUAUUUUUUCUUUGAUUUUAUGGUUAGGCAUUUAUAUAUAUAUUUUCCAGUUAUUGUGUGACUUUUAUACAGAGCAUUAUCCUCCUCAGAUUCUCUUAAUUAAUACUCCAGGGAUUUCAAUUCUACUUUUUAAAGAUCCGGGACCUCUUUAGCGCUGCACGGUUGUUUGCCUUCAGGUAACUUAUACUAAAUGGCUGAGAUUCCAAAGGAGUGACUGUGCAAUAAGUGUUAUCUUUGUCUGAGCUCUGACACUGAUUUGCUCUGUGUGGCUUUGGGUGUGUUGUUUCAUGUUGUCCAUCAGCACAUGAGAUGUUGCAGCUUAUACAUGAAUUCAGUAAAUGAUGCAGUUCUCUGCAGGUUAUGAUUGUUGAACGACCAGGAGCUAGCUUGCCUUGCCUUUCCCCACAUAACCAUCUAAUGGUGGUGGCAAAAGGUUGUUGUUGUCUUUAAAUGAAUUUACACCAACAUUGCCAGCCCAAUUUUUGAGACUGCCAUGUUUGCACAAAUUGUGGGAUCCAGUGAGCCUCUUUUCUUUUGUGAAUUGAAAGGUUUUCUUUUCGUGCAAGGACCUAAAAUCCAGUGAAAAUACCAGCAGAACAAGGGGAUGUUUUGCUGAUCUCAUGCUCUGUGCCCCCUAAUCAUCCACAGUUGCUUUUCAGAAGACUGCAGGAAGGAGUAAUCAGCAAACAGACUUUCUCCCCAUUUUCUCUAGCGCAGGAGCGGAGAACCUGUGGCCCUCCAGAAGUUGCUGUACUCCUAUUAUCCCUAGCUAGUGCAGAAAGAUAUUGGGGGGUGGGGGUGGGUGAGGGGAAAUGCAGCAAAUUCUGAAGAGCCGUAGAUUUCUCAUCCCAAUCUAGUAGUGUCCUGUGGGUACUCUGAAUUCAAGAUAGUAGAUUUUUGACAAUGUCCUUUGUUAUGAAGCAGUUUGAAACAAUUUAACCAUCUUUCUUAUCUGUCUUCAAUAGAAUUUCUGAUCUUGUUAAUUGUGCUAGUGUGAUUACUACAGAACUUCUAUUCAUUUAUACUGCUUUUCAGAUUUUGGUUGACUGUGUAGUCAAGAAGGAUGAAUGAUGCUUAACUGUGCUGGAAAAAUGGUUGCAAACCAACAAUAUUCAUCAUCUUUAUCCCUGAAGGCAUUUUUUCGUUCUGUUGAUGUCAAUAAGUUUACUAUUGUCAAAUUCAAAUUACAGCAAUGUAAUUAUGUAUAAACAUUUUUUUAUUUAUUUGAAAUUAGGUUUUAGAUAUACUUUUUAAAAAAAUUUUAACAUCUGGCUGGACAGUGUUCCAUUAACGCAUUGAUUGUGUCUCCUUUGUCUUGUGUUAAUAAAUAAUGAUGCCUGACA